CGUCCCUAUUUUCAUCAUCUAUAACCACUCCCCUUUUUGAGAAAAAUAUAGAGAGAGAUAUGGCAGAUUUAACUUCCAAGUCUCUUAUUCUUAUUGCCAUCAGUUUUUUCAUAAAUUCUAGCUCAGCUGCUACAGUCACCCCACAAAGCAGCAUAGAAUUCAUAAGAACAUCUUGUAGUACUACAACUUAUCCAAGACUCUGCUAUACUUCCCUCUCAAUCCAUUCACGCACAAUCCAAACAAGCCCUAAGCUCAUAGCAAAUGCAGCCCUUAAUGUAACACUAUCAUCAGCUAAAUCAACGUCAACCAUGAUGUCCACGCUCUCUCAAAGCCAUGGCCUGAAGCCGAAGGAGGUAUCGGCCAUGAAAGAUUGUGUAGAGGAGUUGAGUGAUGCGGUAUAUGAGCUUAGAGAAUCCAUUGAUGAAAUGGGUCAUGCAAAACAGUCCAACUUUGGGGUGAUGAUAAAUGAUGUGCAAACUUGGGUCAGUGCUGCUAUGACUGAUGAGAGCACAUGCAGUGAUGGCUUCGCAGGGAAUGCUAUGAAUGGUAAUUUGAAGAGAGCUGUUAGGGGAAGGAUUUUGAACCUAGCACAGUUGACUAGCAAUGCCUUGGCUUUGGUCACCAACUAUGCCUUACUUAAUGGUUAGUUAGCUGCUUGAAGUGGGCCGGCCAAUUAUACUCCUUAGUAUUCCCAAUUCGAUGCAAUUUAUGUAGUGUGAUGUUCUACUGCAUUGUAUUGUAGUAUACUUUAAUUUGAUUUGUGUGGCCACAUAUAGUUGUGGCGAUUUCGAUGUUACUGUUAAAGGAGUGCAAGUAAUUUUUAUCA